AUGGAGCUGCCUUUGAGGAUAUUGCUGGUAUCAUCGCUGCUAUUUGAGGCGCUCCACCUCAAGUGGUCGGAAGUGGAUUGGUCGCGCAGUGCGCAAAGAACCGAUGCUUCUGAAGGGGCGGAGGAGCGUGUGGAUACCAGUUUCGCCGGCCUCACUGUGAAGCUGGUUCGAAGGGCGGACAACCUGGCGAGGAUUUACUUCGAAGGAGCCGGUCGAGUCAAGGGCCGAUCCUACAUGUUGAUGCUGAUGUGCCACAGCCUUUUCGGCCAGUAUCUCAGCCUGGUCAAUUUCGACUACAUGAGCCGGUUCUUCGAUUUUUACCAGCACCCCAGCCAAGCCGUCUUCGUGGCAUUGAUGAGCAACUGGCUUGUUCUGUACGGAAGCAUGUGCCUGACAGCGGUGUACUCUCAGUAUAUUGAGAGCAUGCUCUUCAUCCACUGGAAAGACCACAUGACCCGAUACUUCGAGAGGAUUUGGGUGCCGCACAGCUACGGCUUCAAGAUGAAAGAUGACAGCCGAGUGGAUAACCCCGACCAGCGAAUCCAGGAGGACAUUGGCAGCUUUGUGCCUUCCACAUACGACUUGACCAUGGGAGUUAUGGAUGCCACUUUGCAGCUGAGCAUUUACAGCAUCAUGCUCAUCCAGGUCCAGCCGAAAUCAGCAUUUCCUGGGCUUCUGUUUGGAAUUGCCAUCAUUUACACACUCAUCGGCUCUGUAGCCGUGCACUGGAUCGGUCGAGACCUUGCGUUCCUAUCUUGGCAAGGGGAGCGAUACGGAGGCCAUUUCCGGGCAGAGCUCCGGCGCGUGCAUGACCAGAGUGAGACGGUGGCCGCCCUCCGAUCUCAUGAGGCUGAACUUCAGCGGCUGGAGCAACGCUUCGAAGCCUUGAAGUGGAAUAAGUGGCAGGGCAUGAUCCUGAAGAAGCGUCUCGGAUGGUUCGAUCGGAUCUACGACCCGUUCAAAUCUGUCCUGUUUGUUUGCGUCCUGAUGCCGUUCUUCAUCAAGGGAGAGGUGUCUCUAGGCACUGUGAAGCAGUGCGAGAUGGCUUUGUCGCGUAUUACUGCUUCCCUCGGUUUCUUCAUCCACGAGUACAAGCACCUGGCUUCCUACAGAGCUCAAGUGGAUCGUUUGUACAACUUUCGCUGCUGUGGUCUUGCAUUCAUGCAGGAGAAGGCGGGCACGUCUUCCGACACUCCAGGUGGGAGGCGUGGCGGAAAUAGAGUCAUGGACUCAGGUGCGGCAUUGACCACGAGUUCGUUGGCAUGUGGGACUGGGGGUUCCAAGGCUUCCGAAGAAGAGCUCGAUUUGGAGGUGCCGUUUUACUUUGUCUCCACUUGGUUCACAGUCAGGGAUGGCGGGCACAUGUCUUCUGGAAGUCACCAAGUUUCAUUUGCAAAGACGGAGUGGGAUUGCGGGAGGUGGAUGCAUCACUUCGACAGCACCUCUCCACUGGCGAAGCUGUCCCGGCUCCGCAAGCACCGUUCUGGAGCUCAGAAGAGCGCGGGUCAGUUUGCCCUCGGGAGAAGUGUUGAUGGACAGCCCUUCGAAGACGAAGACGAUCCCAAAUUCUUUCACACGAAGGUGACGAAAGGUACCAGCGUGCUCCUUUGCGGUGGCGAGGGGUCGGGCAAGUCAACCUUCCUGCGGGCGCUGGCAGGAAUCUGGCCUUUCACUUCGGCCGAGGAGGCGUCGGCGCCUCUGACUUCAAGCGAUUGCUUCUUAAUUCCGCAGAAGCCGAGGCUGCCCAUGCCAAUCACACUCCGGCAAGCGCUGGUGUUCCCAGAAAUUUCAGACUCCUUCUCCGAUGCAGAAAUCGCCACCGUCCUAAACAAAGUAAAGCUUGCUGAGCUGCUCGCAUUGGGCCUUGACGAGCCCAUGGAUGUCAACGCAGUUCUCUCCGGAGGUCAGUUCCAGAAGCUGAUGGUAGCGCACUGCUUGCUUGUCAAGCCGGCGUUCAUUUUGCUCGACGAGUCAAUGGCGCAUCUCUCACAGCAGAGUCAACACCACCUGUAUGGCUUGCUUAUCGACGAGCUCAUCGGACCUGGACGUUGUGGACUGGUCAGCACAUGCCAUAACCCGCAGGACCUCGGGAGAUAUCAUCAAGUGCAUUAUCGGAUCAGCCGCAAGGUUCGAGAGAGGUGCGACAGCACUGGCAGCACCGGAUCUGCGCUUUGCACACGCAAACUGGAGUUGGUGGAGCCAGGUCGGUCUCCUUGGUGGCAGUACCUGACUCGAAGCCAAACUUUGCCAGCCGAAGCUUGUCCUGAACUGCUCAAUCACAAGCUCCCGACUCCUAAUUGA